AUGUCGGGAAUGACUUGCUCAUAUGCAGAAAAGUACUUCCUCCUCGACUUUGCGAAGACGAGCGGUGGGUACGAACCCAUAGGAUUUCCUCUCCAAUUAUCCGAAGCAUCCCAUAUCAUUAAGAUGGCUCUCGCCGGCGAGAGUAGACCGUCCUCGUCCUCCCCUCUUGCUGAUGAAAUCGUUUUCUUCGAAGACUCCGUGCUCAUGCAAACAAUUGCUAAUAUAAUAUCGUAUGCCACUAAAAGCUACGCAUACGUCAAAAGCUACAACGACACUAAACACAAGGGCUACCACGCCAUAGUCGUAGCCACAGACGGCCCUCAUAUCUGCGCCAACAACAUUGUUCCCCAGCUCCUCACCAGCGCCAAUCCCAUCCAAACCCUCUGCGCCCAUAACCCCAAGGGCCCAGUUCUUAUAUAUUCAGAGGAUCCGUCGAACGAGUAUCUCAAAGAUCUAACAACAGCCUGCGAACGAUAUAACGUACAUAUCCUUCUCCUGAGCACCAAUAUAUUCGAUAACCAAGCGUUCGACACCAGUUUCUUCGAUCAGCCGGCUUCCAUGCUCACCCUUCCUUGCAAAGAGAGCACCAAUAGCCAAUCCGCCAAGAGACCAAUACCUUCAGUUGGACCAUCUAUGCCUCAGAAUAAUCAAGACCUAAUUAAACCCGAGAAUAAUGAAAUGACCGUGACCCUACGGGAUGUCCUACUUCACACCCCUGUGCAAUCACCUAAAGAUAACGGUUCGCCCCAUUCCCGGGAUAAAUAUGCAACAGACACUGAAAGGGACACAGUUGAGUGA